AUGGAGAAAGAACGCCAGAAGGCCCUCCGACUCAUGGCAUUCCGCUACAAGAAAGAAGGUAUCACAGAAGCCCAACUACAGACAUACAUGACGCAAGUCUUUGGUCCGCGCGCCGCACCCAUUCAAGUUCGUCAUGGUGUUCUCAAAGUGAUACAAUAUCAUACCCCCACCAGUAGUAAGAAGCUCAUUACGGAGAAGAUCCCUUGGGCGCUUGGUAGAGGCUGGACGCUGGAUGAUCAUGAUGUGAUCAUCUCCGUGUACGUCCCUAACGCAGAGACCAUGGCGGCUAUCGUCAACGACCCUGAAUUCCAGGAGCUGUUGAGCGGUGACUCUGAGAUUCUGCAACCGACGGCCAAAGUUACCGCUGGGUGGGAUGAAGUCUUUGUGGAUGAUGGGCAGGUUGUGACUAUGGAUAGGAGUAGUAGAUUGGAAGAGAGUCGGGAGACUGUUUGA